GGCGCAAACCACUCUCCUUAACCACCAGACCUGCUUCUCGCACUACGACAUUACCCCUUCACGUACAAUUACACAUACCCUUCAAUACCCAGCAGGACUACCAUGGCUACUCUCACUGCCACUGCGCAGAUCGUCCCCUCGAACGCGCCCGCGCGGCCCAGAGCUCUGGCAAGCACAGGCCCAGCUCUCAGCGGGAAGCUGCGCACUAUACUCGCGCCCAAGCCGCGUGUCAUCCCUUCGCCACCUAGCGAUGCGUCGUUCCAAACACGCAUACCGAUCCGGAAGAAGCGCGAGCACUCCGAGGUUGCGCUGGACGAGAACGAGACGUCCGGCGAUGUGAGGCAGGCGCACAUCCGCCAGCGCUGCGACUCUGGCAGCUCAGUGCGGACCGUUUUACCUCGGACGCGGACGAACAGUCAAGAGAGCGUCCGCACGAUCAAGCUCAAGGCUGAAACAUUGGCCAUCCCGAGGGCAAGCCUAAGUCUGAAGGCGAGUCCUACCGUACCAGCGCCCCCGCUAGUCAAGUCGUUGAGCGAGCCACCCCGCGCCACUCUGUCUCGCCCCGAUCGCGCGAGCGCGCUUGCAAACAUCGCGAGGACAGCGAGUGCGCUGCGGCGCACUACAUACCACAACAAGGCCGGCGAUGACGAGGCCAACACGCUGAGUUUCCCGUCCGACAUUGCGUCGAUCCCUGUGGCUCGGGUGCGUACUGGCAUGGACAAGACGCGGCUCUCUGUCGCCCGGGACCAGUCACCACCCGUCGCCGCCAACAAGCUAGGGAAGAGUCUGAAGCGCACGAAGUCGCGCCGUGACCUGCUCGUGGAGAAGGACUAUGAUCACCUCGAUCGGCUCUGUAAGACGUCUGUGUCUGUCGAGGUGUACGAGGCUCAGGUGGACGCCGCGCUCAGCGAGAUCAGGCGGGCGAAGGAGGCGCACCGCGAGCUCCUCGACGACGAGGAUGAAGAGAUCGUCCAGAAGGUCGUCCGGGACGUGGUCGCGGACCCGGACGUCGCUGCUGAGGCCGAGGCACUGAGGCGCUCCCCGAGAGGACGUAUCGUCAUGGACGACCUCGAGGAGAUCCCGGAUGUGUUCUCUGACGAGGAAGAGGACUCGCGGGCGUGGCUCGGCGAGCGAGCUCCGUCGGUCCCGCCGUUUGCGCGCUGGGAGGCCCACGAGCGCUUCGACGUGAUCGUAAAGCCUAUGAACAAACACAGCACGAUGUGGGACGUCGACUUCGAGGACACCUAUGCUUGGCAAGGCCUUCUUGUCGUCACCGACGCGAAGCCCUACACCGGUAUACCGCCGCGCUUACCCAUGCUCGACAUCGACCUCGAGUGGCGCACGAUCGACACGCGCGCGCGCACCCUCCGGAGCGACAGCGAGCCUGAGUACGCGGCGCAUUACGAGGGCGCGGCGCUUCCUGGCACGCAGAUUCUCGCGCAGAUGAAGCCCACCAGGGGCAUCUACACGCAGCCGGUGUGGACCUUCCUGCAGCCAGACUGGCCCGGUGCGGGCGCUGGCGGCGCAUGGGCGCUGCGCUUCUGGGUGCCCGUGCCGAUGCACCUGUUUAGGGGCCGCGACGUGCGUAGGUUUGUCGUUGACGCGCGCGUGGUGUUUGGCGGCGGCGGGUGCGAGGAUACGGCGGGCGUGGGCCACUCGGAGAGGGUGGACGUCACGAUCGAGCACCUCCGCCGCGAGCGGGAUAUGAAGAUCACCGCAGUGAAGGAGUGAGGUUACUGCUUGGCUUUGCACUUUACGUCUUGGGUUUUUUCUUGCUGGUUUGAGGGUUGAAGAUACUGUAUCAUCACUCGUUGAUU